AUGGGUGGGAGUAUUUUGACGCAAUCUCAAUCUAAGGAGCUACAUAAAGCGAUAAUUGGAUACCUCUCAACACUCAAUGCUUCCAAAACUGUCGCUUCUUUUCAUGACGAGCUUGGGCUGGACCUUAUCCCCCCAGACCACGCCACUAAACUUGCAAAAAUAUUAGAGAAGAAAUGGACGACAAACACACUGCUCCAAAGAAAGGCGGGAACCAUCAUUGACGACAAUCAGAUCAUGAACUUGGAAACCGAGGUAGAAAGAUUAACCCAAGAGCUGAAAUCAAAUCCCAAGGCCCCCCGUCAUAAAGAUCCAGAAAAUUGGCUCCCAAACCAACCAGUCCACACUCUAAAAUCCCACAAAGCAGCCAUCACAUCCGUCGCCUUCCACCCCACAUUCCACACCCUAGCCUCCAGCUCAGAAGACUGCACCAUCAAGAUCUGGGACUGGGAGCUAGGCGAACACGAAAAGACAUUCAAGGGACACACGAGGGCCGUGACGGGCCUUGAUUUCGGCGGCCCGAAGGACCACAUAGUGCUCGCGUCGUGCUCCAGCGACCUCACCAUCAAAAUAUGGGACCCCAGCACCAACUAUUCCAACAUCCGAACCUUAGUCGGCCACGAACAUUCCAUCUCGUGCGUGCGCUUCUUGCGGCCCGGCGAUAAGACUCUUGUUUCGGCUAGCCGCGACGCGUCGAUCCGAAUCUGGGAUGUCUUGACGGGAUUCUGUUUGAAAACCAUUUGUACAUCGGGCGAUUGGAUCCGCGACGUGAGCCCCUCUUUCGAUGGCAAGUGGCUGGUAUCUGGUGGUGAUGAUCAUGCUGCGACGAUCUGGAAUGUGGCUUCGGGUGAUGUGCAAGCUAUAUUGCGAGGGCAUGGGAAUCGUAUUGAAUGCUGCGCGUUCGCUCCUCCGACCAGUUAUUCUCAUAUUGUGGCGUUGGCGGCAGGGAAGAUCCCGCCUUCGGGGGCUGGGUUUGUUGCUACGGCUGGGAGGGAUAAGAAGAUUAAGAUUUGGGAUUUCAAUGGGUUGUUGAUCAAGACUCUAGUGGGUCAUGAUAACUGGGUUAGAGACCUGGUGUUUCAUCCUGGUGGUAGGUUUCUGCUUAGCGUGGGUGAUGAUCGAACUAUUCGGUGUUGGGACCUUGCUCAAGAGGGGAGGCUGUGGAAGACCAUCGAGGAUAUCCAUGGGGGUUUCGUUAGCUGUAUCCGCUGGGCACCUUGUGAGAUGCUAAGUGAUCCUCCACGCACAAACUCGUCGGUGGGGAGCUCAGGUGGUAUUGGAGGGACAGGGAAGGAAGUUAGGGAGUGUGGUGGUGUGCAAUGUGUUUUAGCUACUGGUAGCUCAGAUUUUAAAGUGCGCAUCUUUAUGUAA